AAUGAAUUCUGGAAUAAAUACAAAGAUGGUGACCAGUGUGAAAGCAAUCCCUGCCUGAAUCAGGGCAGGUGUAAGGACGGCCUUGGGGAAUACACCUGCACUUGUCAGGAAGGAUAUGAAGGCAGAAACUGUGAAUUACCCAUGCGAAAGUUCUGCAGCCAGGACAACGGGGACUGUGACCAGUUCUGCAGAGAGGAGCAGAACUCUGUGGUAUGUUCCUGUGCCAGCGGGUACAUCCUGGAUGACAAUGGCAAGUCCUGCAUCUCCACAGAGCCUUAUCCCUGUGGGAAACUCACUCUGCCACAGAGGAGGAGGCCGGGGUCCCUGACCGCCCACAGCAGCAAGCAUCCCCCAGAAGACAGUGGAGACCUGGAUCCCACCGCGAACCCUUUCAAUGGAGACCUGGAUCCCACCACAAACCCUUUCGAUCUGCUGGGCUUGAAUAACACACAGCCAAGUUCUCCAGAGGAGGAGAACUCACUUGUCAGGAUAGUGGGAGGGAGGGACUGCAAAGAUGGCGAGUGUCCCUGGCAG